AUGAAGGACACUACACAUCAUCCGUUGAAAAACAAGUCCAAGUCUCGUUCGUUUGAACGCAUCACUCACAUCCCUCUCUUCACAGCUCUGUCACCAUCGGCAUCCUCGUCGUCCUCGAUAGCAUCCUCAGCAAGCCCGAGUCCCGGAGUCGUCCGCACCCACCAUCUCAUAGACCAGAUUGACGACUCGCCCCUCUUGAGGCGGGUGCAGCAGUCGCAUCCGUCGAAUUUGGUGUGUUGCGACUGCGGAUCCUCAAGAACAGUGGACUGGAUCUCGAUUAAUUUGCUGUGUGUCCUGUGUAUCAAAUGCUCAGGUGUUCAUCGCUCAAUGGGCACCCAUGUGUCGAAGGUGCGAUCGCUGACGUUGGACUCGUUUAAGGACUUGGAACUGCGAUAUUUGAUUAAACACAAUUUGAGAAAUGAUACAGUUAAUGAAAUUUACGAAGAAAUAAUUACGAAACAGGAUAGAAUUGACUGUCAUGCUACAGAUUUACAACGAUCAAGAUUCAUUAAUGAAAAAUAUAUCGAGAAAAAAUUCGUGAAGGUUUCCCAUUUGGACUAUGAUCAGACGUUGAAAUCCGUCAUUAAAGGCAUCCAUAGUGAAAGUAUUCAUCUUUUACAAAGGGCUAUUGCUCAAAGCGAUCUAUCUUUAAGAAAACUGUCUCAACAAUAUAAUGUGGAGAAUGAAAAAAAUCAAACUAACGUUAAAAACGUCUCCUUGUUUAAAUACUCGUUGAAACACAACGUGAAACGAGAAACAACCUUGGUGUUUAGUAUUACCGAAUUCCUACUGAUUAAUGAUCUAUUGAUUGAUCAAAACAUUCCAACUGAUAUAGAGGCCCAACGGAGGUGGCCACAUGAAGCCCUAGAGUAUUGGAAUAAUAAAUUAGAUAUAUAUGGAGAUGUGUUUUUAUCAAUAAAGACCAGUACUAAAUCAACAACACAAGAUCCCCAGACUUCUUCUUCUUCUUCUUCUAUGAGUAGGUCUAAAUCUACAGAUCAUCACAAGAAACGGGGGAGCUCAAUGAAACGUUGGUCCUUGGCAAGUAUACCAAAGGCUCCACAGAAUAUAAUAUCCAUGCAUAAAUCGUUGAAAAGGAAGAAAGAACCUUCGUCUUCUGCUACUGCAAAUCCAUCUCAAAGUAUACCACCGACUACCACUACUGCCAGUGCUACUGCCAGCACUGCAAUUGCAUCUCCUCCAUCUGUCCCUUAA